UUGUUACAGACAACCACCGAACGAAUACCCAUUGUUGGAAAACCUCAAAUUACACCACCGACGCCUCAAUUCAGACAUUAUAUAUAUAUAUAUAACUUCAUACAGAGAGAAGAAAGAAAAAGAAGAGAUCUGAACUGUGAAAACUACACUUCAUAUUGGUGAAAUCUAGAAAGAAUGAAAGAACUAACACCACAAUCGUUCGAUUCCACCUCUUUAUCUCCACCUCAAGCACUUCUAGAAAGACUCAAAGAUUACGGUCAAGAAGAUACCCUUUGCUUAUGGGAAGAACUAUCUCCUGAAGAACGGGAACUUCUUGUUAGAGACCUUGAGAGUACAGAUCUUCCGAGGAUAAACAGGAUCUUUCGAUGUUCAUUACAAUUUCAAGGGCUUCCAGCUGCUGCUAUUGAGCCGGUGCCUGAAGGUAGUGUAUCUACUGUGGAGGAGAGAACUCUUGAGGAUAGGGAGAAAUGGUGGAAAUUGGGUCUUAAAGCAAUAUCUGAAGGAAAGUUAGCUGUUGUACUUCUUGCUGGUGGGCAGGGAACCAGGCUUGGAAGUUCAGAACCAAAAGGAUGCUUUAAUAUUGGACUUCCCUCUGGAAAGUCACUGUUUCAACUUCAGGCUGAGCGAAUCUUGUGCAUGCAAAGGUUAGCCACCCAAUCAAAUGAUGUUGGUUUUGUGCAGAUACACUGGUAUAUAAUGACUAGCUCUUUUACUGAUGAUGCAAUCAGAAAGUUUUUUGAAAGUCAUAAAUAUUUUGGUCUUGAAGCUGAUCAAGUAAGCUUCUUCCAACAGGGUACUAUACCAUGCAUCUCAAAAGAUGGUAGAUUCAUAAUGGAGACUCCUUACAAAGUUGCAAAAUCUCCAGAUGGAAAUGGUGCAGUUUACACUGCCUUGAAGUAUUCAAGAUUCCUUGAGGAUAUGGCUUCCAGAGGGGUUAAGUAUGUGGAUUGCUAUGGGGUUGAUAAUGCAUUGGUUCGUGUUGCUGAUCCUACAUUCCUAGGUUAUUUUAUUGACAAAGGUGUAGCAUCUGCAGCAAAAGUAGUUCGGAAGGCUUAUCCACAAGAAAAGGUUGGUGUGUUUGUUCGGAGAGGAAAGGGUGGUCCUUUAUCUGUGGUUGAAUAUAGUGAAUUGGAUCAGUCACUUGCAAGUGCAAUAAAUCAGGGAACUGGUCGUCUUCGCUUUUGCUGGAGUAAUGUAUGCUUGCACAUGUUUACCCUGGAUUUUCUCAACCAAGUAGCAAAUGGCCUUGAGAAAGAUAGCAUUUAUCAUCUGGCUGAGAAGAAAAUUCCUUCAGUUCAUGGACACACAGAUGGAUACAAACUAGAGCAGUUUGUUUUUGAUGCCUUCCCAUAUGCAUCUUCCACUGCACUUUUUGAGGUAUUGCGAGAUGAAGAAUUCGCCCCAGUGAAGAACGCCAAUGGAUCAAACUACGACACACCCGACAGUGCUAAACUGCUGAUGUUGCGUCUCCAUGCUCGUUGGGUUGUUGCUGCAGGCGGCUUUUUAACUCAUUCAGUACCAUUAUAUUCAACAGGUGUUGAAGUAUCGCCACUUUGUUCAUACACGGGAGAGAAUCUAGAAGCUAUUUGUCGAGGAAGAACGUUUCAUGCUCCUUGUGAGAUUACAUUCUAAAAAACACACUUUGGCUGGUUGUACUAUUUUUCAUUAGAAUUAUGCAUGUGGAUUGAGGUUUGUCGUGUUUAUGUAUCGUGUUGUGAUUUAUAAGGUUUCGGGUUUUCAUUUAGUUUUUAUUCAUUUCGUCCAGUGUAUUUAUAUAUUUUUAAAGAUCUCUGGAAUUUGAGCUUGGCCAGACUUAAAAUUAGUAAAUAAUGUGAUUACCCGACCAUUUAAUCUCUCAAGUAUUCAUUUUUUUAUAACUUUGUUGAUA